AUGGAGCCCUUUUUUUUUUCCUGUCUCCCUUUCACUAUCUGGUCGCGCGCGUUUCUACAGGGGACGUUAGAGCGAGCGGCGAUGGUGUCAAAAGACUCCCGUUACGUGCACCGUCGCUGGCGCCUUGAGGACGCCACGCUGAUGAUCCAGAACCCGAAGCUGGAGCUGCUUGUGGACUUCGACGACCCCGCAAGCUUCACCCUCCCGGCGAACGCGCCGCUGACGUCGGGGGUGCGACGCACAACCGCUACGCGGGGCGGCGUCGAGGGGGCGCUGAGUCUCAACUCGGAGGACGACCUUCUGGCGGAUUGGCGGGAGAUUGGCGUGCCGCCACUCGCAGAGGAGUGA